GCCCCCGCUCGGCGCGGACGGGCCGGGGCCGCCCCGGGAGCGCCGCAGCCUCGGCCGGGCCCCGCGGGGUCUAUGGGGAAGGCGGCCGCGCUCUGCGGCGGCGGCGGCGGCGGCACCCGCGGGCUGGUCUCGCUCCUCAGCGCCGUCCCCUGCCUGGCCUGCCACGAGCUGCCGGCCAUGAGCGCCGAGCCGGGCGGCCGCGGCGGCGGGGGCCCGGCGGGGGGACCGCCCGCCUCCCUGCCGGGCUCCGACACCUACAAGGGGUGGCUCUUCAAGUGGACCAACUACCUGAAGGGCUACCAGCGUCGCUGGUUCGUGCUCAGCAAUGGGCUGCUCAGCUACUACAGGUCUUCUGCAACUGUCAGGAGUGGUGGCUCUUCUUGGAAGCGCUUGAAAAAUACACCGGUCCCAGUUCGGAAGAUGGGGACACAGGCAGAGAUGGCCCACACGUGCCGGGGCACCAUCAACCUGUCCACAGCCCACAUCGACACGGAGGACUCGUGCAACAUCGUGCUGUCCAACGGGGGCAGGACCUACCACCUGAAGGCCAACUCGGAGGUGGAGAGGCAGCGCUGGAUCACGGCCCUGGAGCUGGCCAAGGCCAAGGCCAUCCGCAUGCGCAACAACCAGUCAGAUGACUCGGGUGACGAGGAGCCCGCCUCGCAGUCAGACAAGAGCGAGCUGCACGGCCCCCUGAAGACCCUGUCGAGUAAGCUGGAGGACCUGAGCACCUGCAACGAGCUGAUCGCCAAGCACGGCGCGGCCCUGCAGCGCUCGCUCAGCGAGCUGGAGAACCUGCGCCUGCCGGCCGACAGCGGCGAGAAGAUCAAGGCGGUGAACGAGCGCGCCACGCUCUUCCGCAUCACCUCCAAUGCUAUGAUCAACGCCUGCCGCGAUUUCCUGGACUUAGCCGAGAGCCACAGCCGGAAAUGGCAGCGGCUGCUGCAGCAUGAGCGGGAGCAGCGGAUCCGGCUGGAGGAGACCAUCGAGCAGCUAGCCAAGCAGCACAACAGCUUGGAGCGCGCCUGCCGCGGGGCGCCCGGCCUGGCCGCCGGCACCGCCAGCAGCUCCAGCACCGCCAAGGCAGGGAGUGUGCAGUCUGCCAAAGGAGAGGCCAGUGAUGAAGAUGAGGAGACGGAGUACUUCGAUGCCAUGGAGGACGCACCAGCUUUUAUCACUGUAACUGCAGACCCCAAGCACCACAGGCGUUCAGGCAGCAACCUGAGCGGGGCCAGCGAGGGCCACCCCGAGGACUGGAACCUGGAGGACAGUGUGUUUGAGAGCUCAAAUCAAAGCAGCUACAAUGAGUCCACAGGCAAAGAUCUCCUGCCAAGGAAGAGGAGAAGGACUCGAAUUCCUGACAAACCCAACUACAGCCUUAACCUCUGGAGCAUCAUGAAGAACUGCAUUGGCAAGGAGCUCUCCAAGAUCCCCAUGCCUGUGAACUUCAACGAGCCCCUGUCCAUGCUGCAGCGGCUCACGGAGGACCUGGAGUACCACGAGCUGCUGGACAAGGCAGUGAAGUGUGAGAGCUCCACGGAGCAGAUGUGCUUUGUGGCCGCCUUCUCUGUGUCCUCCUACUCCACCACCGUGCACCGCACGGCGAAGCCGUUCAACCCGCUGCUGGGGGAGACCUUCGAGCUGGACCGCCUGGAGGAGCUGGGCUUCCGCUCCCUCUGCGAGCAGGUGAGCCACCACCCCCCGGCAGCCGCCCACCACGUGUACUCCCGGCGAGGGUGGACGUUGUGGCAGGAGAUCACCAUCGCCAGCAAGUUCAGGGGCAAAUACCUCUCCAUCAUGCCACUGGGCGCCAUCCACCUGGAGUUCCACUCCAGUGGGAAUCACUACGUGUGGAGGAAAGUCACCUCCACAGUGCACAACAUCAUCGUGGGCAAGCUCUGGAUCGACCAGUCUGGUGAAAUAGAGAUUGUUAACCAUAAGUCCAAAGAUAAAUGCCAGCUGAAAUUUACCCCCUACAGCUACUUCUCCAGGGAUGUGCCCCGCAAGGUGACAGGGGUGGUGAGCGACGCUGACGGCAAAGCCCACUACGUCAUGUCUGGCACGUGGGAUGAGAAGAUGGAGUGCUCCAAGAUCCUCCACAGCAGCCACGGCAGCACCAGCACCGAGGGCAAGCAGAAAACUGUCUACCAGACACUGUCCCCAAAGGUCCUGUGGAGGAAGUACCCGCUCCCGGAAAACGCUGAGAACAUGUACUUCUUCUCGGAGCUGGCGCUGACGCUGAACGAGCCCGAGGAGCGCGUGGCGCCCACGGACAGCCGGCUGCGCCCCGACCAGCGCCUGAUGGAGAGCGGCCGCUGGGACGAGGCCAACGUGGAGAAGCAGAGGCUGGAGGAGAAGCAGAGAGCCGUGCGCCGGCGCAGGGAGGCCGAGGCCGUGGAGGCCCUGGAGGAAGGGAAGGACUACGAGGGGUACAUCCCGCUGUGGUUCGAGCGCAAGGUGGACGCCGUCACCGGGGAGCUGAUCUGCGUCUACAAGGGUGGCUACUGGGAGGCCAAGGACAAGCAGGACUGGAGCGUGUGCCCCGACAUCUUCUGAGCCCCCCAGAGCUCGGGGGCCACCCCUGGACAGCGGCACAGCCCGAGGGACAGCGAGGACACGCCAGCAGCGUACCGCCGGGCCGACAGAGUCAAUACAUGCAGAGAUCCAAACAGGGAUUCCAAACCUAUUUUUUUAUGCACUAAUAAAUAGCAUCUUUUUUUUUUUUUUUUUUUUUAAAUUAUAGCUUUUCCAGCGACUGCUUAGGAGUGAGGACACGUGGAGCUGGGUUGGGUUUAGGAUGUUCAUUGCUGUCAGGAGUUGCUGCCUAUAUCCUCCAGCGCCUUGGCUCCGGUGGCUGAGACGUCGACUUCCAAAGAUGCCCAGGGUGUGGGAAUGCUGUGCUUGUGUGAGCUCUUCUCUUUGCCAUUUUUUUCCUUUUUUUGGGACCCCAUUUCUGUGUGGACUUUAUGGAAUUAUUUUUUUAAAAAAACAAAUCUUGCUCCUGGUUCAGGUUUCCUUCAAAGAUGGACAUGAACAACUCUGCUUGGAAAACUGUCCCCAGGAGCUGUGGCACUUGAUCCCAGAGGCUCUUGGUGGUUCCACAGUGUCCAGUCAACCCAGUAACACCAAGUAGGAUAUUUCAGCUGUGACUUUGAGGUUUUUGACCUGGUUUUCAUUUUUUUCAAGAGCGUCAGAGGUGCUUCCCCACAGUCUGAUGUGUUCAGGCAAAGCUUGGGCCUGUCUUUAUCGUGUGGGAGUGGUUUGAGUGAGGUUUGCUUUGGUUUUCCUGCAACCACAUCGGAAGGGGGAAAUGGCCCCUGCAGGCUGGGAAGGCCAGGCUGAUGCAGUGAAGAGUUUUUGUCCCAGUGAUGCUCCUGGCUCUGUGUCCCUGCUCUGUGUCCCUGCACAUGGGGGCUGGAUCUCAAUUCCAGCUUUUCCAUCGGUGUCUCCCUGCUGAGCUGGGCCUGAGGCUGGGUGGGAGAGGAGGGAAGAGGUGCCAUGGGGAGAGGAGAGGAGAGAUGCCGUGGUGCUGCUGGGAUGGAGCUUUGGUCCUGCAUCUGCCACCCCGUUCAGCCAGCCAGGCCUGGCCACAGGCUGAGGCUGGAGGGUGCCUGCAUCCCAGCACCCGCUCCCAACUCCUGUUCCUCCCCUCCCUCAUCCUGGGCUCUCCCUGCAACAGCUCCAGUUUGUCAGGGCAGGGACCCCUCACCCCCCUCACCCCUUCUGGGUGCCAUCACCCGCCCUGGCCCUGGAUGCACCAGGAGGAGCAGGGCGAGCACUGCUGGUGACAGGUGAGGACUGGGAGCCCCGAGGGGAAGCAGGAGGUGAUGGCAUCCCAAAGAUGGGAUUUGCUGGGCCAGGGAGUAGCAGGAACACCUGGAGAUGUGCACUGGCCCUGCUGGAUCCCAUUUUUUGCUGUCCCCUCUGGCUCUCCAUCAUAUCACACUGACCCUGCCUCCGGGGCCGCCCCGAGCCAGCCCGUCACACCCACAUGAAGUUAAUUAGCAAUAAUGAACCUUGAGGCAAUGGUAACUGGAAUAUCCAGGCUUGCACACGGGACACUUAUGCAAUCAGGUUCCUCAUCCAUCAGUCUCCUCCUGAUCAGCUUCCAGCACUUCCAUCCCUGUGAUCCCCACAGUGUACAGUCCCCACGGCCCUGACGGCGUCACCGUGCUGCAGGGCAGCCCCCACUGCUCUCAGUACACCCUUUAAUCUUAUUUAUUUGCUUCUAAUUUAUACAUAUAUAUAUAUAUAAAUAUAUAAAAAAUUAUUUUGCUUAAAUUUCUAUGGUACACAAAAGAUGAAAAAUGAUGAAGACAGAAGUGUCUGUCUGAGUUUUUACAGCACGAGUACGAUUCCCCUCGGCUCGUCCCUGAGCUCGGGUGGUGGUGAUGGAACAAUUCCCAUGGCAGGGAAGCAACGGUUUGCUCCAAAGCUGGAUCAUGUAGCAUGGAAAAGGUGUUCCAGAGACAUUCCCAUCUGGAAAUCAUGUGUUUGGGGUUUGUGGCACUAGGGAUUCCUGGGAGUGGGAUGCUCCAAGCUGCUUCCCAGUGUCCCAGGAGUUGCAGCAGCUGCUCUGGAAUGUUCACGCCCUCCUGGAGCUUUGCCCGGGCUCGGGAAAGCUGAUCUUAAGUGCUCCAGCCUGGGAUUUGGUCUGGGAGAGCUGCCUGUGUCCUGGCCCCAGGUGUCCUGCCUGGGAGAGGGGGGAUGCUCCCCCCUGAUCCCUGGUGCCGCUGCCCUGCCUUGUGGCAGCACCGAAGUGUCCGGGGGAUUUGUCCCCGAGUCGGGUCUGUAGAAGGGGCUGAAAUGGAGCUCUUCAGAAUGCCUUAUUUGCCUUUUUGCUGUGUCAAUGCAAGUGUCACCCGGGAGCUUGGAGCAGGGAGGAGCUGCAGCACAGGCUGUUCCCAGGCUGGAUCGGGGUUCCUGGUGGAGCAGAGGGAGCGGGAUGUGCUCCCUGCGUGCUGGCACCGAGGGUCCUGCUGGGCUCUGGGGCCCCGAGGGGUCCCCUCUGCUGUGCCCCCAUCUCCUCCAUCUGGGAACCCCCACCACAGACCCUGCACAGCUCCACGGAGCCUGGGGGAGCACGAGGAGCACCCCAACCCAGAAAUCCCCCAGAUUUUAGGCUAAUGGAAAAAAUUGCUCCAUCUUCCAGAAAUCAUCUUAUCAGCAGCACUUAACCAGAGCACCAUCUCCUGGUCCUUCUGUUCCUCCUUGAGGAUUUUAAUGUCAUUCCACUGUAAAUGCUGUUGAAUGUAUUUUCUUUUCGAACAACAAUAUAUUGUGAGUGAUCCUUCUUCUCCUACACGGAAAUAAAACUUGGAUUCGGGAGUUUUAAA